UGAGUUCCGCUUCAAGCUCCAAUCUUUCAAGCAAACAAAACAAAACAAAAGAAAUUCCUCUGUUUUGCCUUUUCCAUCUGCUCUGGAAUAUUCCUCAAUUCAAUCAAAUCUAGAAAACUUGCAGUCUAAAUUUUGUCUCUUAUGUUCACACACACCAAAAGAUAGGUAAGAAGUUAAAUGCAGACAAGCCCUUGACGCGGGAUCGAAGGUAGCUGGCCACCCAAAUCGAAUCAGAGGAAAAAGCUGUUACCUUUGUCACGUUACGCGGGUUCUAAAGUUAGAAUUUUUGAACAAAAGCAAAGCAAGAUUACUGAUUACCCACCGCUCAAACAGAGUCAAAGAUGAAAAAUGGCAGACAGAAAGCCAAUAGUAAACGUGAACGGGACGCCAUCCACCGAACCAGGAAAGUUUAAAUGUUGAGAGAGAGAUGAAAGAAAUGAGUGGGUCUUCUUCUCUUCCUUUUUCUGUGCGAGAGUGAGAAGGAUGGAGAGCGACUUGAACAUCAAUCAUGCACAAACAUUAAUGCAAAAAACAAUCCCAUAAAUUAAAAAUUAAAAAAAAAUUACAUAAAGAAGAGAAAAGAACAAAAUAGGCCCACAUCAUCCAAAGCUGAAGGGAACCCAAUGCUCAUAAUGACCUUUGCAAAUUUCCCAUUUUCUUUAUUUUUUUUACAUUAGUUCUUUUUGACGCCAAAUCUGCCGCUUAAUUUGUUCGGUUUCCUCAGUGGCUAAAUUGAGCUGCGACUUUACUCUUACUGGAUAUUUCUCACCUGUCAUUUUUUCUCUUUGGCCCUUCCUUCCUUCCUUAGAGCUUGCAUUCCAUUUCAGGCUGUUGAUUUGGCAGAUUUUUGCUUCUAUUUAUGGAAAUUUUUAGUACAUACUAAUAUUGUUUUAGUUUGAAUUUUUUAAAUUGGGAUUGUAGUCUUUUGUGCAUUUGGGUCUUGAGGAGGUACGGCAUUGCAAUUUCGGUUCCUGGGCUUCUCUCCUCUCCUGGGGAAGGGAGGGCAGGAAACGAAAGGAGGAUUUUUUUUUUUUGGGUGUGUUGUGUGUGUGUGUCACUGGUCGAGAGUUAGGGUUUCGAUAAUUCUUAAAUGAUAGUGUUGUUCAGUGGUUUGUUGAUUGUGAAAUUUAUUCUAUUGUCAAGAGAUGAGGUGCUUUUCUUGCAUAAGUCCACACAAAAAUGAUACUAAGAUCGAUAUUGAAAAUGGCCUACGAUCUACCUCUCGCCAUUCUUCUGAUUCAUCAGUUAGCGGGAGGGGAAGGUCGAGUUCACAUGGGAGUGGAAAGGUGAAUCGUCGGAAGACUACAGACACCAGUGGAGCGAGGAGUUUUACAUUUCGCGAGCUUGCUGCGGCGACCAGCAAUUUUAGAGAGCUGAAUUUAAUUGGGGAGGGAGGUUUUGGGAGGGUUUACAAGGGCCGGUUAGAAUCAAGCGAGAUUGUUGCAGUGAAACAACUUAAUCAUGAUGGUGUUCAAGGGUUUCAGGAAUUUAUUGUGGAGGUUCUCAUGUUGAGCCUGUUACAUCAUCCCAAUCUUGUGACUUUGAUCGGCUACUGCACCUCUGGUGAUCAAAGAUUAUUGGUUUACGAGUACAUGCCAAUGGGUAGCUUGGAAAACCAUCUAUUUGAUCUUGGAUCUGACAAGGAGCCAUUGAAUUGGAGCACUCGGAUGAAGAUUGCUGUUGGUGCUGCUCGGGGCCUUGAGUACCUACAUUGCAGAGCAAAUCCUCCUGUUAUUUACCGUGACCUGAAAUCUGCAAAUAUCUUGCUAGAUGCUGAUUUCAGUCCAAAAUUAUCAGAUUUUGGUCUUGCAAAAUUGGGACCUGUUGGUGAAAAGACGCAUGUUUCAACCAGAGUUAUGGGAACAUAUGGAUACUGUGCCCCAGAGUAUGCCAUGAGUGGCAAAUUGACUCUCAAAUCUGAUAUUUAUAGCUUUGGUGUUGUUCUAUUGGAAUUAAUUACUGGGCGGAAAGCAAUAGAUCGAUCUAAGAUGCCAGGAGAGCAGAAUCUAGUUGCCUGGUCUCGUCCAUUCUUGAAGGAUCAGAAAAAGUUCUACCAAUUGGUUGAUCCUCUGUUAGAAGGGCGCUACCCUCGCCGUUGCUUGAACUAUGCAAUUGCUAUCACUGCAAUGUGUCUUCAUGAAGAAGCACAUUUUCGCCCUCUGAUUGGUGAUAUUGUUGUUGCCCUUGAAUACUUGGCCUCACAGUGUCAGGGCACUGAAUCCAAUAGCAAUCAGUGAAUCUUUGUAUUCAGGGAAGCAAGUUUCGCUGAGAAGGUCAUCUUCCCAUAUUCUGCAAUUAUCACAUAAUCAAAUAGAAUUUUCUAAAUUACUUGAAGUUUACUGUUCUGAGAUUCAAGACUAGCAGCAACAAUGUCUGAUAUUUCUGGAUGAAGAUUGUUAUUUUUCUUGUUGGAGAUUGUUAAUGGUGUCAUUUCAGACAUGAUUUCUUGGUGUUCAAUGAUAAGUCUCAAGGAUGUCUUCUCAUUAUGUGCUUUCAGGUAUCCUGCCAAACUUAAGAUGGGAAACUUGAGAAAUUACAAUUACGUACCAUGUAAUAUGUGCAAGCAAUCUUCCAAGUGGGUGAAUAUAUAUCUACAUGUAUGUAUGUAUGUAUGUAUGUAUGUAUGUAUGUAUGUAUGUAUGUACAGUUGGGCUUGGAAAAAAAGAAGCUUUUUCAUUUAUAAAAUAUAAUACUACAUAUCUCUGGUUCCUAUAGUUA